GCCCCCCGAGCCCCCAGCACAAUCUCAUUCCCAAUCUAAUCAGAAAUAUUUUGUUAACGAUUUCUUUUUAAUCAAUUACAUUAUUUGAUACACUGUCAUGUUACAAUUUAAUAUUGUAUUAUAGCUACCCUACUUGGAAUGACCCAUUGAGGUAUAAAAUAACGGCGUUUCCAACCUAGACAUUUUCUUUGAUGGGAUUGGGAGGAGAUUCGAGUGUGCCCUACCCCCUCUUCGCUCUUUGUGGUUACAGCGGUGUUGGUGAAGUCGGAGAUGGACCAAAUUAGUUAGCUAGCAGCAGAGGGACCUUAUUCGAAUACAUGUCUAAUGCGUCUAAUGUCUAAACCGUCACCUUAACUUCAAUGCGUGUUGGCUUAAUUGUCCUACACUGAGAGGGAUUUCGGGUAUUCCAACAAUACUACAAGCGCGAUAGCUAGGCUAGCACAAAUAUAGCUAACCUUAGCGAGCUAGUACUGCCGUUUGUUUUGACAGCUUUGGCACUGAACUACAGAUUUCAAAUGUGCAUUUGGGAAAGCCUUUAACGAGCCUGGUGCAUGCUAUCCUACGUGAACGGUUAUUAUAUUUAAAGGUUUUAUUUAAGGACUCAUUUAGUAAUUGAACAAGCUUAUUGCAAUGUCGCUCCACGGCAAACGAAAGGAGAUCUACAAAUAUGAGGCGCCAUGGACGGUGUACGCAAUGAACUGGAGCGUUCGUCCAGACAAACGCUUUCGCCUGGCCCUUGGAAGUUUCGUGGAAGAAUAUAACAAUAAGGUGCAGAUUGUGGGUCUGGAAGAGGAGAGCUCCGAGUUCAUCUGCAGGAACACCUUUGACCACCCGUACCCCACCACCAAGAUCAUGUGGAUCCCAGACAGCAAGGGGGUUUACCCAGACCUGCUUGCUACUAGUGGGGACUACCUGCGCAUCUGGAGGGUCAGCGACACGGAGACCCGUCUGGAAUGCUUGCUGAAUAACAACAAGAACUCAGACUUCUGUGCCCCACUCACCUCGUUUGAUUGGAAUGAAGUGGAUCCUAAUUUACUGGGCACCUCUAGCAUUGACACCACCUGCACUAUCUGGGGUCUGGAGACUGGGCAGGUGCUGGGCAGGGUUAACCUUGUAUCAGGCCAUGUCAAGACCCAGCUCAUUGCACACGACAAAGAGGUGUAUGACAUUGCGUUCAGCCGCGCGGGAGGUGGUCGGGACAUGUUUGCGUCUGUUGGGGCCGACGGCUCCGUACGCAUGUUUGACCUCCGUCACCUGGAGCACAGCACCAUCAUCUAUGAAGACCCCCAGCACCACCCACUCCUGCGCCUCUGCUGGAACAAACAGGACCCCAACUACCUGGCCACAAUGGCAAUGGACGGCAUGGAGGUGGUGAUUCUGGACGUGCGCGUUCCCUGCACACCGGUGGCCCGCCUCAACAACCACCGGGCCUGUGUUAACGGCAUAGCCUGGGCUCCCCACUCCUCCUGUCAUAUCUGCACAGCAGCUGACGACCACCAGGCGCUGAUAUGGGACAUCCAGCAGAUGCCCCGGGCCAUUGAGGACCCCAUCCUGGCCUACACGGCCGAGGGGGAGAUCAACAACGUCCAGUGGGCCUCCACCCAGCCUGACUGGAUUGCCAUCGGCUACAACAACUGCCUGGAGAUCCUGCGGGUCUAAAGCCAAACGUGAGCGUAGGAACGGAUGUGAGGGGAUGGGAUGUCCAGAACGAGGUCUGUUCAGAAGAUGGACUUGUUUUGUUUUUUUGUUGACUGAAGUGAAUCUAGCUGGACUGCCUGGACUCAGUGCACUAUCCUGACGGAUGAAUGUGGAUACAGUGAGAGCCUCCCACAUUGUCCCUGUUCAACCGCUUUCUGAUAGAACUUCCCCCUCAGUCAGGAGUGUGUUGUCCACUUAUUUAUUGUUUUGUUCAUACAAUAGUCAGGUGUCUUUAGAACAAUUCUACAUGUUCAUUUUGGAGUGAAAAGGGGCAGUUUAAACCCAGGACUACUACUUGUGUAUUUUUAACCUGUUUUAAACCAGCAGCAAUGAAGUAAGAUGUGGUGUUUGUGUUUGAUAUGACACAGACUUAUUUAGAGUCAGGAAACUAGAUUUAAAGGGACACUCCGACAUUUAAUUUAGCAGUCUGCAUUUCUUUAUGAACUUAUUUAAAGUAAUUUUAAAGUUGUUUGCUCAUACCCAACUACAAGCACGAUUGGACUGUGAUAAUAGUCUAACGUAGUAAAUUGACUCAAGCAUUUUGAUCACUCAUAACACAGCUGCAUGUUUCAGCGUAUGGAUUACCUUUACAGUUUUCAGUGUGGACAAGACAUCUAAAACCAGGCUUCAUAACUCUGGUCUUGAUUUUUUUUUUGUUGCCAAAAGGCUUGGAACAACUGCAGUUCCUUCUCCUAUACUUUGCAAAACCGAAGUUUACUUUGAAGAAGGAAACCCUUGUUUCCUUUGUCACGCCGCAUCUUUUCUUUUAGCAUGUUUGAAUGAGGGAAAUGUACAUACUUAUAAAUAAAUGAACAAAGAUAUUGAUGCAAAUGUUCAUGUAGUAGCUUUUUUCAUAGACGUUUGUAUGAAGGAAUUUGCUGUGACUGUAUUCCUUCAUGUCCUUGACCAUGGUCAGUGUCGUCAUUUGCGGCUCUGUACUCUAGGUGAGGAUUUGAUGAUAUAUUUAGGAGCGGACAACGUCACUAGAAUGUGGAGAUGACAAUGUUUCGCAGAGAAGACAUGGUUCUCUCAGCUUCUAACAAUGAAUUUCUCUGCAAUGUUCUUAGCAUGACCCAACUGAAUAAACCUUUUUUUGUAAAAUAUAAAACAUUUCUAUGAAUUCAGCAAAUAAGCCCAACUGAAAUUGAUCCAAACCACCCAAGUCCUCACCCAUGAAUAAACAACGUGUCAGUUUG